CUGACUCUUACUUGGACCACUUUGCGUUCUCGCCGCUGCGGCAGGGUUAGGGCAGGGAUGCAAGCGUCUCUUCAUGCGGUGUCGGACUUUGUAUCGCUUUGAGUGGGAUUCCUUCACAGGUGGCCGCAGUUUGCACUAGGAGGACGUUCAUGCCUCAACCCUGUCCCUAACCCUACUCCAACUGUACUUCAAUCACCGCAACAAUACGUUCGCUGGGCAGUACAAGCUCCAAGCCUUCAUCGGCAUUUUGGCUACCGUCAACUUCGUGAGUUACUCCGCCUGUAUGUGGUCGACGGCCAGUGUCCCGCCGUCGUGGUACUUCAUCACCAGCGGGGCCUGUCGGAUUUUUUAUCUGGUGUGCAGCUCCAUCGCUUUGUAUCAAGCUCUGGUCUGGUCCACCCUUCCGCGGUCCGGCAGCGCGCAAAUGUGGCGGCAAAAGAGUACACGCCGGACGAAGACGUGGAGGACGUCGAGCACGUGGAGUGAGGUUCUUUCUCGGGUGUUAUGUUUCUUGCUGCAGCGACACGCCGGCGUUCGCCACAUUGACAUUAUCGAAUAUCUCCGCUUGCUCAAUCCCCUCAUCGGUUUUCGCUUCUAGAUAUUGUGGCACUAUAUCAUAUGUAGAUACCACCUUGGGCGUAAAGGAGCGUAGGCUCUGAGUGGUGGUUGCGUAGUCUAACAGUAGGUAGCUCCCCAUUCUCACGCUUUACGGCCGGCGUACGUUGGGCAAUUUAGCGGUACUGGUAGAAGGCACGGCUUGAUGGAUGAACGGUAAGGAGAUCAACCUGCCACCGAGUAGAAUUCUUC